AUGACGACCCGAGCGGUAAUCUCAAGCGAUUCCCGGAAAGCUUCCCCAAUCCGCCCCUUCCUGCAUGUUGGAGGGAUCGCAAGUUUGAGCCCACAAAUGCUUGCAAAAUAUUCAACAACCAUAAAUCUGAUAGCCGGUUUUAGAAUAUCGGCCCCGGCUCAGAUGCGGGUUGUUCAUAUCCCGCUCGACGACGAUGAUUCACAGGAUUUGUCGGCUUAUUGGGCGACCGUUUUUCAGAUAAUUGAUGAAGAGCGAAAGGCGAAGGGCCGUGUAUUGUUGCUGUGUGCGAUGGGUAUUUCAAGAUCCGCCACGUUUGCGAUCGCUUAUUUAAUGUGUAUUGAGAAGUUAAAUCUGCAUGAUGCGUACAAAGAAGUGCAACGGCAUCGCAACAUCAUUUGCCCUAAUAUCGGUUUCUUCAAACAAAUGAUAGAAUUGGAAUUGAAGUUUUACGGGCGUAACACGGUGCAAAUAAUCGAGCCGAUGCCCGGGGUGCCGGUGGCUGAUGUUGUUUGGAAAGAAUUGUACGAUGAGAUGUUGGAAUCGAUGGAUAGUAAAGAUCGGCAUUUAUUGAGGGGCCUACACACCUCGGCCAGCACCUCAGCAAUCCCUGAACCAUGCUCCCCAACUGAUGAUUCGACCCUGGAUUCAUCAGGAGCACGACCAAUCCGAAAAUCAGUCUCCAAAACGAGCGUCAUCCGAAGCAGCCGCGGGCCAAGGGAAGACGUUCAACAGACAAGAAGACGCCUGCUAUGGAAAAGCCCGGUGGCAGAAGAUGGGCGAGGGUCGGCUGGAUCGACUGGGCAAUCGCCUCAAUCAUCUGCAUCAUCGUUGAGCCAUGAGGAUGAACUGCCGCUCGCCAAAUUGACGCUCAAU